AUGCUGGCAGAUAUGCCCACGCUGAAUUUGCCGAACUUCAAAAUAAUGAAUUUAAUACUCACAGGAACAACGCUCGCUCCUCAAAUAACUCCAGAUAUACGCCAUUUGGACGAUGGAUACACAAAGCGACCUUUGAAUUUACGAUGUUUAGAUAUCUGUGUCCACAUGAUGGAUCUACUGAAAGCGGACACCCAGCCAAUGGACGAUUUUUUUGCUCCCCAGCUCGUGAGCCCUGAUUCUGAUAAACAACUAAGGGAAUUGAUGUACCAGCUGUUUGCUUUUCUGAAACCAAUAGACCAGUAUCGUUGGACAGAUAUACGCGACAGAAGCAAACCGAAAAGCGCUCAGAGCUCGCAGACUGGCAACUUGCGCAACGGGAUAUCUCUUACAAACAUAAACACAGAUGAUGAUAAACACGACGAGCAGUUACUGACAAACAUCCAUUUCAACAGGCUGAGUACAAACUUUUGGGAUUUUCUCAAAUGGGCGUUGAACUGUGCAAGUCUGCAGCAUCAGAAGCCAUACUUUGUCAGUUGGAGAAUCUGGAAAAACCUAAUUCGCCUGUUUGUCGACUUUUACUGGUAUGAUAUGGAAUCUCAGAAUUAUAUUGGCAACCAACAGAGCGACAUCCAAGCGAUCCGCUCAACAUACAUCUACAACGCUGUGUUAUUCCUGAGUGGAGAGUCGAUUGUGACGGGAUUCAGAGAGGUCUCCAAAAUCCUGUUCACAUCCAAUAAAGUUUCUGGCCCAAUUUUUGAGAAUGAAUUGCGGGUGCUAAAAACAGCAGCGAUCCCAGAAGAGAUUGGUGCUCCAAAGUACGAUUCGAUUCCACUUAAGAGUACAAUUAUGAAUCUUCUAUACAAUAUGGCCAAACGGCUGGACCCAGAUCCAGACAGGUACACGUCGCAGCUGAUUUUGGAGUAUGGCGAAAAACUCAUACAAUUACCGACCCGUGAGCUUGUUGAGCUUUUUUCAAACGCGUGUAUACAAGAGGAGGAGAUGUUGCUUUUACUGAGCUUAAACCUGCUGGAACAGAUCGCCUCAAACGUGGACUAUGGAGAACCAUACUCCUGGUUCUUUAAAUCGCCAUCAAUCGACGAGUCGUUCCUCAACUUUAUUGUCUCUGAGGGACCAGACAUUAUCGAGCGGAAAUCACAUAAGCGACUUCGGCAGCACAUUGAUCAUCUUGAACUAAUGAACACCCUAAUUAACUUCCAACUUGCACUGUGGAUGCGACACAACUUUGAAUCUUUGUCGCUUGACGAAAAAACUGCUACCAAAGACAAGAUUCUGUAUUCGCUUAAGAAGAUGGAUGAAAACCGUCAAAAGAGCAUAGAGGUGACCUACAAGGAGUGCAAACUCCAAAACAUUUUACUAGAGGAGGACGAUAAAUUGUAUUUGGAAGGCAAGCUAUUUCUUCCCAAGCUACACGAUAUCUACUGGAUAAAGUUCACUUAA